AGAAACAUCAAGUUACAUAUUUUAAUAAAUCAGUUUAAGUUUAAAAAAGAUCAGGUAAACACGAUGUUCUAUGGUUUUGAUGCUAAUCAAUCUUAUACUAAAAAGGAUUUACAUAACUUUACUGGCGAUGAGGAUCUACGUAUACAGGAUAAAUUAUCAAAAAUGGCUUUAGGUUACUGUGCACCACUUGCACUUGAAACAAAUGGCACAUUGUUUGAUGGCAGUAAAUUAUAUUCAUACGAAAAACCUAGCUCGGUAAAAAAUUUUUUGAGUGUUUUUUCCCAAAGAUUAGUUUCAACAGCUAUACCAAUUACGUGUCAGAUUUGUGAAUGUAUUGCAAACAAUAAUGGGAUGACUAAAAUGGAAUGCACUUCUUGUGACAAUCAGACACCAGCAACACUUGAAUCUAAAAACGCUACUUUAGACGAGUAUGAUGAAGUGAUUUUUCCUUUGUACGAGACAGAAUAUAAUCAAAGUUAUGCGGAAGAAGACUAAAUAUUAUUUACAGUGACGUUCAUUUCUUCAUAGUUAUAACUUUUUAACAAUCAGUCAUGACAUCGGUUCAAAAUUUUUUUCUACAAGGUACCAAUUGUAAGUUACAUUGGCAGCCAAUAAACAGGCUCUGAUGUUGGAUUUCUUAUCAUGGUGUAUUUAUUAACCAGAUAAACAUCUCCAUGUUACGCAGAAAUAAUUUUUGUAAAUAAAUUUAAAACUGUCAGUAAAAGUUGAACCAGAUUUUAUUCUUAAAAGUAACUGAGAUAAUUACAUUCUCAAUGUUGUU